ACCACCGGCAUUUACACCCCGCAACACCCCCCCUCAUCUCGCCGAACCCACGUCUUUUAAUAACAAAGCAGCUUGCCACCGUCCCUGCCUCUCCUGCUUUGCUUUGCCUUCUCGGAGAAGACAAAUCUACUGUAGCUGCUUGUCUCUGUUCGCCGGUGGCGACCGUGAGAGGAGGAGGUAGUCCUAGUCCUAGUAGGCGAGAUGAGCGGCGCCACCAAGUUCAUCAAGUGCGUCACCGUCGGCGACGGCGCCGUCGGCAAGACCUGCAUGCUCAUCUGCUACACCAGCAACAAGUUCCCCACCGAUUACAUCCCCACCGUGUUCGACAACUUCAGUGCUAAUGUUUCAGUGGAUGGGAACAUCGUCAACUUGGGAUUAUGGGACACUGCUGGACAAGAGGAUUACAGCAGGCUGAGGCCACUGAGCUACAGGGGAGCGGAUAUAUUUGUGCUGGCAUUCUCACUGAUCAGCAGAGCAAGCUAUGAGAAUGUUCUCAAGAAGUGGAUGCCGGAGCUUCGCCGGUUCGCACCGAAUGUUCCAAUUGUUCUUGUUGGGACCAAGUUAGAUCUACGUGACCACAGAUCUUACCUUGCGGACCAUCCUGCUGCUUCCGCAAUUACGACUGCACAGGGUGAAGAACUUAGAAAGCAGAUAGGCGCCGCGGCUUACAUCGAAUGCAGUUCGAAAACACAACAGAACAUCAAGGCCGUGUUUGAUACUGCCAUCAAGGUGGUCCUUCAGCCUCCUCGGAGAAGGGGGGAGACGACGAUGGCAAGGAAGAAGACAAGGCGAAGCACCGGCUGCUCGUUAAAGAACUUGAUGUGUGGCAGUGCAUGUGUUGUUUAGGACCUGUCUGAAUUCUUGAAGGUGUGUAAGCGUUGUGUAAUGGCAAGUGAAUUUGCUGACUGUUCUGCUGCUUCCAUUUACUACUACUAAGCUCUUUCGUGUGUUUGAAUUACUACAUCUAGAACUAGAGCAUCAGGCUCAUAGACUGACUUCAUAUCAGGUGUUUGUAUCAUUAAUAUUAUUAUGUAAGAAGGUUGUGGUUUGUGGAACAACUAAAUACAACAAUGCAGGCUAUGUUGUAGUAUGCUCUGCUACUGGUGUAUGUUAUAAAUAUAAAAUUCUGCUACAUACUUUUGUGCAUCGA